AUGUCCUCUGGACAGUUGACCUUCAGGGAUGUGGCCAUAGAAUUCUCUCAGGAGGAGUGGGAGUGCCUGGACCCUGCUCAGCGGGAAUUGUACAAGGGUGUGAUGUUGGAGAACUACAGGAACCUGGUCUCCCUGGAUAAAUUAUAACCAAAGGAGAACAGUAAUACAGGAGAAGUAUUCCAAACAGUGAUGUUGGAAAGGCAUGAAGGCCUUGAAAUCAAAGAUUUUUACUUCAGGGAAAUCAGGAAAAAAAUGCAUGACUUUGAGUGGCAGUGGAGAGAUAAUGAAAUAAAUUACAAAGAAAUGUCUGUAACCCAUAAACACAGUCUCACUGAUAGAAGAGAUCAGCAUGGUAAAAGUGAUGCAGGAAAUAGGCUUGGAUUAAGUUUUGGGGAUAAACUACACAUGUUUCAAACUGAAGGGAAAACUUAUGCAUGUAAUCAAGUUGAGAAGUCCAUCAACAGUGGUUCCUCAGUUUCACCACUUCAGAGAAUUCCUCCUACGGUCCAAACCAACAUUGCUAGUAAAUGUGGGGGUGACUUUAUUCACCCUUUGACACUGAUGCAAGAGCAGAAAGCACAUAGGGAAAAACCUUACAAAUGUCAUGAUUGUGGCAAAACCUUUAAUCAGGGCUCACACCUCACUAGACAUCAGAUAAUGCAUACAGGAGAGAAACCAUAUAAAUGUAAUGUAUGUGAGAAAGUCUUUAGUCAAAAUUCAAACCUUGCAAGUCAUCAGAGAAUCCAUACCGGAGAAAAACCUUACAAAUGUAACGAAUGUGGCAAAGCCUUUAGUCAAAAUUCACACCUUGCAAAUCGCCGGAGAAUACAUCCUGGAGAGAAACCUUACCAAUGUAAUGAAUGUGGCAAGGCUUUUUGCCAAAGUUCGAAGCUUGUAAAACAUCACAGAGUACAUAGUGGAGAGAAACCACACAAAUGUAACGUGUGUGGUAAAGCUUUUAUCGAAAGUUCAAGCCUUGACCAUCAGAAAAGUCAUACUGGAGAGAAACCAUACACAUGUAAUGUGUGCGGCAAAGCUUUUAUUGUGCGUCCAAGCCUAAUAAGCCAUCAGAUAAUCCAUACUGGAGAGAAACCUUACAAAUGUAUUGAAUGUGGCAAGGCCUUCAGACAAUGGUCUGACAUCAGGAUUCACCAAAGAAUUCAUGCUGGAGAGAAACCUUUCAAAUGCCACGAGUGUGGCAAAGCCUUUACUCAGGGCUCACACCUCACCAAACGUCAGAUAAUCUGUACAGGAGAGAAACCAUAUAAAUGUGAUAUAUGUGGGAAGGUCUUCAAUCAAAAUUCACACCUAGCAAGUCAUCGGAGAAUCCAUACUGGGGAGAAACCGUACAAAUGUAGUGAAUGUGGUAGAGCCUUUGUGUGCGGUCAAGCCUAAUUUACCAUCAGGUAAUCCAUACUGGAGAGAAACCUUACCGAUGUAAUGAAUGCGGCAAGGCCUUUGCC